UGACUCCGCCCUUAGUAAAGGAAGUAGUUAGCUAUCUAGCUAGCUAGAUAUUAGAUAUUAGAAGUUUUGUUUUUGAGGAGCGGAAUAAAACAACAGACCCGGAUUUAACAUUUAACAUAUUUCCUUUAAACCUUUGCUAAAGAUUUGUUAGUAUUUUAGACGUAUCGGAUAUUAUAUAACGCGAAUUAAGCAUUUGUUUAUGUUAGCCUAGCAUCUAUGCUAGCUGCCUGCAAAAGGUGUUGAAUGGCAGGCUAGUCAGCAUCAUGGGCAUGAUGACAGCUGAUAAUCCCUAAGAGACAGUAAAAAUGUCCAUUUCUGCUUUAUAAUCUGUUCGAGAUGAAAGAUAUUUAAAAGUCCAGGCAGAAAGUGUGUAGUCAGCUAGUUAGUUUGUUGGUUAGCUUUAGCGAGUUAGCCAGGAUUAGUGUUUGUGUUCAGACUGGAUGUCAUGGUUUAUACCUGGAACCAUGUCCUGUAAAUCUAAAGUAGCUCCCAGUGUGGAUUUUGACCACAGCUGCUCAGACAGUGUGGAAUAUCUCACUCUUAACUUCGGGCCGUUUGAGACAGUGCACCGAUGGAGGAGGCUUCCACCCUGUGAUGAGUUUGUAGGUGCAAGGCGCAGCAAACACACAGUUGUUGCCUACAGGGACGCUAUCUACGUGUUUGGAGGAGAUAAUGGGAAGAACAUGCUUAAUGACCUGCUACGCUUCGACGUGAAGGACUGCUCGUGGUGUAGGGCGUUUACCACCGGGACUCCACCUGCCCCCAGGUAUCACCACUCCGCUGUAGUGUACGGAAGCAGCAUGUUUGUAUUUGGUGGUUAUACAGGUGAUAUCUAUUCAAACUCCAACCUUAAAAACAAAAACGAUCUGUUCGAGUAUAAGUUUGCUACGGGCCAGUGGACGGAGUGGAAGGUGGAAGGAAGGUUAGUGGCGCGCUCCGCUCAUGGGGCCACAGUGUACAACGAUAAACUAUGGAUAUUUGCUGGUUAUGACGGAAAUGCGAGGCUGAAUGACAUGUGGACUAUCGGUCUUCAGGAUCGAGAGCAAGCUUGUUGGGAGGAGAUCGAGCAGAGCGGCGAGAUUCCACCGUCCUGCUGUAACUUCCCAGUGGCUGUGUGCCGGGACAAGAUGUUCGUCUUCUCUGGACAGAGUGGAGCUAAAAUCACCAACAACCUUUUCCAGUUUGAGUUUGAAGGUCACAUGUGGACCCGUAUCCCGACCGAGCAUUUGCUCAGAGGUUCCCCGCCUCCGCCACAGAGGCGCUACGGCCACACCAUGGUCGCGUUUGAUCGCCACCUCUAUGUGUUUGGUGGAGCGGCGGAUAACACGCUGCCCAACGAGCUGCACUGCUACGAUGUAGACUCUCAGACAUGGGAGGUGAUUCAGCCCAGCGCUGACAGCGAGAUGCCCAGCGGGAGACUGUUCCACGCUGCAGCGGUGAUCCACGAUGCCAUGUACAUUUUUGGAGGAACGGUCGAUAACAACAUACGCAGUGGAGAGAUGUACAGAUUUCAGUUUUCUUGUUAUCCGAAAUGCACCCUUCACGAAGACUACGGAAAGCUGUGGGAAAACAGACAGUUCUGCGACGUGGAGUUUAUCCUCGGAGAGCGGGAGGAGAGGGUUCUGGGCCAUAUCGCCAUAGUAACAGCACGAUGUCAGUGGCUGCGGAAGAAGAUUCUUCAGACCAGAGAUCGACAGAAACAAAGGAGUAAGCAGGAGGCCAGUGAAGAGAGCGAGGAGUCUGGGUCUGGUACAUUCAGACAGAAGGACAUCUCCAGCACUGCAAGGUCAACAGGAGGUCCUCCUCUGUUGGAGGUGUUCAUCAGAGAGGCUGAAGCUCAGCCGUUUGAGGUCCUGAUGCAGUUCCUGUACACGGACAAGAUCCAGUAUCCACGCAGAGGCCACGUCCAAGACGUCCUGCUGAUCAUGGACGUAUAUAAACUCGCCCUGAGUUUCAAGCUUUCUCGGCUGGAGCAGCUGUGUGUGCAGUACAUCGAGGCCUCGGUUGACCUGCAGAACGUCCUCAGCGUGUGUGAGAAUGCAAACAAACUGCAGCUCGACCAGCUCAAGGAGCACUGCCUUAACUUUGUGGUGAAGGAAACUCACUUUAAUCAGGUGAUUAUGACCAAGGAGUUUGAGCAUCUUUCCACUCCUCUCAUCGUGGAGAUUGUGAGACGCAAACAACAGCCACCUCCUAGAGUCUACUCUGACCAGCCGGUCGAUAUAGGUACAUCUCUGGUGCAGGACAUGAAAGCUUACCUGGAAGGGGCGGGGCUGGAAUUCUGUGACAUCAUCCUGCUGUUAGACGGCCAUCCUCGUCCAGCACAUAAAGCCAUUCUGGCAGCUCGCUCAAGCUAUUUUGAAGCGAUGUUCCGCUCGUUCAUGCCCGAGGAUGGACAGGUGAACAUCUCCAUAGGAGAAAUGGUGCCGAGCAAACAGGCCUUCGAGUCCAUGCUGCGCUACAUUUAUUACGGAGACGUCAACAUGCCUCCAGAGGACUCUCUGUACUUGUUUUCGGCUCCGUAUUAUUACGGCUUCUCCAACAACAGGCUGCAGGCGUACUGCAAGCAGAACCUGGAGAUGAACGUUACCGUAGAGAACGUCUUACAGAUCCUGGAGGCAGCAGAUAAGACUCAGGCUCUGGACAUGAAGAAACACUGUCUGCAUAUCAUAGUGCACCAGUUUAUCAAGGUGUCCAAGCUCCCCAACCUGCGAUCGCUCAGCCAGCCGCUGCUGUUGGACAUCAUAGAGUCUCUGGCAUCACACAUAUCAGAUAAACAGUGUGCCGAGAUGAGCUCCGAUAUAUAGGCAUGUCUCCUGGUCUCGUCUCCUGGUCUCGUCUCUUCUCACCUGUUUAUUUAUUCAUCUCAUGCAGCGUCUCUGCCGUGUCUCCCCUCCCCUUUCUCCACGCUUGUUCUUCCUACAGCCUGCUUCUCUUUCCUCUAACCACUGAAUCUGUGGGAAAUUCUGUGCAUGGUUUAAUCCCUAACACGUUCAUUCGCUAACCGGUUGAAAGUACCUCUGAGCGUGUCGCUUUAAUCCGUUAAAUAUACAUCACGUAGGGUUUCGUAGGAUAAAUCGUCCUACUAUAACUAUGACUCUCGUUAAACGACAGCAAUUCCGUAUUUAUCGAUAUUAACGGAUACGGAAGUGAGAAAAGCUUCCGUGUCCCGCCGCUGUCCCGAUUAAAUAGCCGUUAAGUGGAAUAAAACACUGCAUACACUUUGGGAUGGGCGUUGAUUAUUUUCCUGGAUCAAUACACACUAUAUGGCCAAUAUGUUGUAUCACACGUAUGUCAGUUCUUCUUUAAACUUUAACCGGAAACACGGUGGUCUAGAAUGUCUUUAUACGGUGUAGUGUUCAGUGGAACUAAGAGACAUGUUCUAGCACAAAACGCAGAGCUCCACGGAGACACGGUGUGGAUUUUAAGCUCGGAGUUGAAGAACCCGUGUGUCCUGAACAGAGCCCUGACUCUGACUCAACCCCACUGAACACCUUUGGGAUGAACUGGAACACCGAACCCUGACUAAACCCCAGACCUUCUCACCUGGUAUCAGUGUCUGAUCUCACUAACGCUCUUGUAGCUGAAUGAACACAAAUCCACACAGUCACACAAUCUCGAACAUCUAGUGGAAAACCUUCCCAGAAGAUUUCCAGAAGCACAUUAUAACUCAACCCCACUGAACACCUUUGUGAUGAACAGGAACAUUGUUCUCUAUGCUCAUGACAUCAUUGUCUGAUCUCACAAUGCUCUUUCCAACGCUCAUGUAAUCUCCAAAAUCUAAUGGAAAGCCUUUCUCCAGGAGAAUCGAGAGCUAUAUACUGUAUAACAUCAAGCACAUACAGGUGUGAUAGUCACGUGUGCACAUACUUUUGGCCAUAUAGUGUAUUUUACUUGCAUAUGAACAUCUAGUAAAUUUCCAUCGUUUGAUGAUUUGCAUAUCAGAUGCGAUUGGUCCGUAGUUCUGACAUCACUCUGACAUUUCAGAAAAUCGUACAAUGUUCCGUUCAACGAUCAGAGGCACUUCAAAACGAUUCAUCGCAAACGGAAAACAAAACACGAACCUUACAAUAAUUCAACUUACACGAACUAUUAUAACCGACUGUUCAGUAACAUCGUUAACGUCUCUUUCCACCGGUGCCGUUAUUAAUCGAUCCUACUAAGUGCUUUGAAUCUACAGUAUGAUAUUUUCUAUACUGCACUGUAAAUAUUAUAUACUGAAAUUUAUUUAUUCCUAAACUGUUCAGUUUAUUUUUUCACCUCCUUAUUGUCGGUUCUUUAAAUGUUUUCCGCUUGCAGUCAAAUGACUGGAACCUGAAUAAACAUGUACAGCUUCACACUCCUGGUAUCGUAUGAUUUAUAUAUUAACUGCAGAGACUAUCAGUGGACUUCUUACUUCUUACUUUAUCUGCAUUAAGUCUUCCUUAAUAAAAUGUUAAAACGA